AUGGACCCUGAUUUCGUUCAUAGACAGUUCCCAACUUCUUAUCUGAGGACAAUGUUGGGCUCAGAAGUCCACUUUAGGGUCGAGAAUCUCAUCGAGGAUACAGCGCUGCAUACCGCAGUAGAAAACCAUAUCACUAACCAGCUCAUCGAGAGACAGCAGCAGCAGCAGCUUCCAACCUGGCAGGCUGUAGAUGGCCGUCGAGAACUCCAGCACUGGCUGAGAGCGCCGCCAUCACUUACGCCUGGUCCGCUGUGUACUCCCCCAUCUGCGUCCUCGGCAGAGCGAGAAGGCUCGCCAAAGCCAGCAGACGAUGGCCAGACUCUCUGCACAACUGCUCCUCCAUCGACUCUCUCUCCGAGUGAAAUCGACCGCAGAGGCCAGCAGAUCAUCCUCCAGAUCCUACAGACACCAGUCUCGCAGGAGGAAGCUGAUUUCCUCCGUUCCUUGCCUGUAUAUACUCCUCCUCGCUCAUCCUCAGGGGACCAAGAUUUCACCUUAUUCCCACCUGCUCUAGCAGAAGGGGAAGCAGAAGGAGAAGCAGGAAGAGAGGAAGAAGAACCGCCAGCGAAAGAAGCGAGAUCAACAAACUCUCCUCUGAAUGAUACUCGCCUGCCGCCUUCAACAAGCCCUGUCAGUCGCUCAGUAUCACCAAACACUCUCACUCUUAAACCCCUUCAGUUCAAUACGGCAACAAACAGCUGGCCUCUGCCGCCUAUUGAGUCUGUUACUCGCUUGUUCUGGGACCCGAUUCGUGAUGCGUUUCGAGAGCAAGUUCAGGUGGAAAAGAUGGAGGAUACGGAAAAUUGGUUAAGGGGCCUACCAAAUGUCGAUGAGAUGCUGGAGCCAGAGAGUUGA